AUGUCUUCCAACCCAGAAACAUCUUCACCGCCCACCGUUCACGGUCUCUCCGUUACUUCGCUGACCCAAUGCGCCCAUUGGCACUCUCCACUAGACAUCAUCGCUAUCAAACACUUCUGCUGCCAAAAGUUCUACGCCUGCAUCAGCUGCCACGAUGCUGGUGAGACCCACAGGUCUGACGUGUGGCCAAGAAGCCAAAGAGCGGAAAAAGCAGUGCUUUGUGGAGCGUGUGAGCACAUUCUGAGUGUCGAGGAGUAUAUGAAUAGCGGAAGUCGAUGUACUCGGUGCGAGGAGGGCUUCAAUCCUGGGUGCAAGAAUCACUGGGAUCUGUACUUCGAGAUCGAUGAGAAAGACUCGACUUCAUGUGGUAGAGAGUGA